CUUGCGGUAGUUAACGAUGACUACUAGUGGGGGAUCAUUCGUCAUUCCGAUCUACAAGCGAAAGCGGAUGUCUGGAAAUUGAGACGACAUCCGUCAUACCAUCAGCAUCACCAUGCCCUACUCCGCAUUGCUGCUCCACUCAGCUGCGCCAUCGGGAUCUUUUUCUCCUCUUCUUGGCAUUGCUUACCUACAACAGGGUGCGCGAAGCCCGAUCUUCGGAAAUAAUGGGGGAGAGUCGGGGAGGGGGUCUGCCGUCUGCGAGUGGCUUGCGCCCCUCGAGCUGAGAUUCGCGCGAGAUUGUGCGUGCCCCAAAUCUGGUGGUGGUGCUAGACUGGAGGGACAGCCGAGAUUGAGUUCCGCAUGAAUUGGGUUAGCGCCAACAGGGUGCCCUUAGUAAACGUCACCGCGCAACCUCACCUCGCGCUCUUCUCUGAACUUCGAUCAUCAACCACUCAUUUGUUUCCUCUUCUUUCCAUCCGUAGU